GAAAGCCUCGUAAACCCCCAGCUGAAACUUUAAACCCGCCGGCCCUUUAUUUUUCAUUGCAGGAAAGGGAAACAACAAAUUCCUCUAAAAUUGCCGUUUCUUCACUUAAUAGAAAAAAAUUUUGUAAUCUAAGAAACAAAAUUUUUGUUAGCCUUUGGUUUGAUUUUUCAUUUUAAUGGCCAAGGGAGAUGAUGCAGUGAGAAGAAAGAAAAACAAAGCACAAAGAAAGAAGCUAAAUAGGAAAAGUGAUUCUUCAACUGUAUCAGCUCGAGUUGCUUCCAUUAUCGCCGCCAAAAAGCGCCGAAAAGCCGGUAAACGUCGCAUUUGUCAGGGGAUGUGUUUUAGCCUUCCGACUCCUGAUGAUCCCUUCAAUGAGAGACUCGAUAAGAAGGAUAUCAGUAGAAGGGAACCCCAAAAACCCAAACCUUCGAAACUGGAUCGUAAAGUUUCAGCCAAGAGGAAGGACAGUGUGGCAACAAAAGGAUCUGUUCUUGGGCAUAAUGUGGCUUUGAAGGAUGAACAGAAAAAAUCAGUUACAUUAAUUAAUAAUAUGGGGAAGUCUAGACAUAUAGACUCAGGCAAAAUGGAGAUUCAGCAAGAUGGAAAGAAGGUUGGUCUCCAUGGUAAUCAGGAACAAGCCUGUAAAAGUUCUGAUUUUCCAUCAAAGUAUCUUAUACUCUGCCUGAAAGCAAUAGAGGAUACAUUGUAUCCUGAUGGUACCUACAAUGGCGAAGAGGAAAAGCGGCUAUUUGUGAACCCAUGGGGUAUUGAGUUCUGGAAAUGUUAUUCUGCUGGGAAGGAUAUACUUGAGACAAGUGGGUCAUCUUCUGAUUUUGAGCAAAUUGCAUGGAUUGCUUCAACUGCUGCUGAUGUUAUUUCUAGGAGAGAGAAAGAAGGUUACUUGUUUACUGGCCCUUUCCUUCUAUUCAUUGUACCAUCCAAAGAAAAAGCUCUCAAGGUACGCUCGCUCUGCAAGCCUCUGAAAGCUCAGGGGAUACAUACAGUGAGUUUACACCCCGGUGCUUCCAUAGACCAUCAGAUCAAUGGUCUGCAGAGUUGUGAACCUGAGUUUCUCGUGUCAACACCUGAGAGACUUUUGGAGCUAGUUUCCUUAAAGGCCAUAGAUAUAUCUGGGGUCUCCAUGCUGGUUAUUGAUGGUAUGGAGUCUGCUUCUGGAGGUUGUUAUCUUGAUACUGUAAAGUCUGUCAGGCAGUCUAUUUCAGGAAAACCCCAUACUCUGGUGUUCUUUAAUUCCUUCAAUAAUGCUUAUGUCCCUGCUGUGCAAAGUCUACUGACUGGAUUAGUCUAUAGAUUAUCGCUCAAUGAUUCUGUUGCCAGUCAAAGUGCUGGCAUCAUCCAGUCUAUAUAUGUCUGCUCCUCAAAGGAAGAAAGGACAAUGAAGGGCAUUCAAGCUUUGGAUAAUGCUUAUUCCAAUCAAAUAAUAGCACAACAUUUGAAGGUUCUCUAUGUAGUUGGAAAAGACAAUAAUAUUCAGAAAUUAGUAUCAGCUGUCAAAUUCAAGGGAUAUUCCAUCUCAAUCAGCUCCUACUUGAAUAGCAUGGAAUCCGGAAACAGCCUAGACUGUGGUGGCAGAAUGAGACCCACAGUCUCCAUUAUGGAUACUGAAAACAUCAGUUGUACAGAUUUGGGAGAGUAUGGUGUUGUAAUAAUUCCAGACUUUGUUCUAUCAAUUGAUGAUUAUCUUCAAAUUCUCACGAGGAUGGCACGGCACACAGUCAAUGGUGUAUUGCAUAGUUUUUUAACUAAAGAUGAUUCGCAGCAUGCUGGCCCGUUGAUCGAAAUCCUUGAACAAUGUGGGCAGGAAGUAGCUGAAGAGCUAAGAAACUUGUGAGAUGGGGAUCUUCAGUGUUGGAAUGCUUGAAAAGGGAUAACCAGUCAUUGUUUCAAGACCCUCCGAUUUCUUUGCAGGUAAUGUUAGUAAGUGAACUGUUGCACCUGCAGUUUUGCUAAUGCAGCACUGGUGUUGACAAUUUGUAAAAUUAGUAGGCUGUGUGGUCAUAAAGAGGCAUAAAACAAGUUAUUUGAUUAUUGUUGGGUCUCGAAUGAUGAAAAAUUAGAGCUUGAUUUGAGAUAAAAUCGAAUUAUUUGUUCCGUUUAAAUUUUAAA